AUGCUCGCCACGGCGGAACUCCAAGCUCAGAAUCCCGCCCGGAAAGAGGUGUGGCAAGGCCACGCAACCAAGUUUGCCAAGAUCUCGCCCACCCUGGAGCACGUUUGUCCCUUUGGCUUCUUCCUGGUAAGGCUGAGCCACUGGUCCUCCUGCCUGCUUGCGGCUUGGGACCACUCUUCAUGCGACACCUUCCGCAGCGAUCCCAUCCGUAUCACCAGGCUCGUCCUUGGUGCCUAUGGCAGCCAUUAUGGGCUAAGGCCGCAUGAGGAGCUCAUCGUCUUCUGGAACACGCGCUGGAGCCGCCUCUUCGAGUACUGGGCCACCACGAUGCAGAGGGUUCGAAACUGGCAGAAGCCGUUCCAGUCAACUUUCGACGCCAGCGACCGCCUUCGCAUGAACUGCGAUGAGUCGAGCGAGGUGCAGGAUUUCGCCGACUUUUCCGAGACGGACAGAACUCCCGAGGUUGCUACUUGGACGGAACUCCGCCGCAGACUGGAAGCUGCCUAUCACAAGGCCGACGAAAAUUCCAGAAGGAUCUCGAUGCAUCUGACGUUCUUCAUGUGGCAGCACUCCAACGAAUCGGAGUUUGCGGCCCACAUCGCGGAGUGCCCCCUGGGUAUGCUGGCCUUGUCCUUGCACCGCUUGAUCGUGUAUCUGCGGUUCCUGUCGGAGCAGGUGCCGCUUGAGCUCAAUCAUGCGGUCCGCAUUGCGCACGCAGCCGAAGACGCAUUUCCAGAUUUGCUUCCGGCCCUCCUGGAAGCCGAGUGGCCGCUGCUGACCUUCCUGAGCAUGGGCACCCAAAUUGUGCAGUGGAGGUCGCGGGCUGGCACGGACUCCUACCAGACGAAGCCCUUCACCCUUGACUUCUUCCCUGCAGAGCUUCUCACCUCCAGGGCGGAGCGGAAGCAGCUCUCCGAGUUGGCCGCCAGCGGUGCUCAGCUGCUGGGCAACCUGAGGCAGAAGCUCCAGGCGUGGCCCAGUGCCGCGUACCAGAAGCUGCUGAAAGCGUUGCUGAGACAUCUUGAGGCGGAAGUCCAUCGCCCGGGCAGCCACCAGAUCGUCUUCAUGACGAUGGUGUACGGCCGGCGCUACGCCAAGUACCUCAAGGGGUGGCUGCAAAGGGCCGCUGCUCUGGGACACCUGCCGCGGCUGCUAGUGUUCUGCGUGGAUGAGCACGCCAAAGAAGAAUGCGACAAGGCGCACCUUGAGCCAAGCUACUGCAUCGCCGGCAAGCAGAAGACGGCGGCCAACAAGUUUCACAUGAUGGCCGCGAUCAUCAACUUGGGCUUCGACGUCCUCUAUCUGGAUUUCGACUUGGUACUCUUCAAGGAUCCCCUACCCGAGAUCCUGUCGCACUAUGACAAGGCCGAGCUUCUCAUGACCCGAGAUUUUGGAUCCGAGUGCCUCAACAUUGGCGUGGUCUACGCGAAAGCCCACGCCGACACGGCAGAGUUCUUACAAGAGCUCAUCGUGUGGCUCUGGAACCAUCCCUACGAGUUUUGUCAGAAGGCCUUUGCCGGCAUGAUGGGCCAAGAGGACAUCCAGUACAACGACCUGUUUGGAGACCCCGUGCGAGCAGUUCCUCGCUGGGGCUUCCUGGACUCACUGAACCUUUUCGUCACCAGCACUAUCUACAACGGCGAUGUGCAGGGGUGGACUGGAGAGAUGGACAAGAUCAUCAUCUUUCACUUCCUUGACAGCACGGGCGACGUGGCCCCCGAGUUUGCGCUGAAGGGCGGCUAUGUGAACCUCUUUGACGGCUUCUACGACAACCCACGCCUGAAUCUGUCUGACAUUGAAACGCCCCUCUACGAGCAGGAUGACCAGAUUCGCGCCUCCCUCAUGGACUCAAGGCAGGCUUUUCCGGCGCAGAUUUGGCCGUGCCUCAACACCGACCCGUCCUCCCUCCCCCAGUGGAAGAAGAUACAGCGGAAUGAGAUACUGAGCCGAUCAGAGCUGCGCCCGGUCGAGAUAUGA